AUGAAUCUCCCACCCACUACUCACGUCCCAACCUCACCACAGCCUCCCCCUCCGCGAAGCUCCUCAUCCGUCACCAUGGACGAACCCGCAACCUCUGAACUCACCGUUCAUGUCAAGAGAUCAGCUUCCUCGGACAUCGAGGCUCCCGCACCAAAGCGAGGCCACCCUCGCCGUGCCUCUGCGAAAGACCAGUUCACAGCUGCUCUCAAGAAAGCUGUUGACGUAUAUCGCGAGCAAGACGAAGCUGAGAGGGCCGUGCUGGAAGGCAGGAUUGCAGAACUGGAAGUCGAGGUGGGCGGGCUGGAAGACGAUAAGAAGAAGGAUGGAGGCGAGAAGAACAAGUUGAAGGCUAGGAUCGCGGAGUUAGAGGAUCUGGUCCUCAGUCUGUACGAUGAGUCUGAUAACGCAAAAAAAAAUCUCAACAAACGGACUACCGAGCUUCAGCGCAAACUCGCGUUGUCAAUUGCUGCGAAACAAGACCAGAUUGACAAGCUCGAGGCAGACUUGAACCGGCAGAAUAUCCUAAUCACCAAGCUUGAGAAAGAUGGGACCGAGCAGCGACGCGCCACCCGAACAUACAUCGACCUUGAGAAGGUGUAUAACGCGGAGAAGGACAUGAUGAAGGCGGAGAUUACUGAGCUUCAGGACAUGCUGCAGUGCGCCAGGAUCCACCAAAAGGAAGCCAGGGCCAAGAUCAAGGCGGCCGAGGAAGAAACAAAGAAUCUCCGCAAGAUCGUGAAUAACUACAACACUGUAAAGGAAUCAAACGAGAAGAUGCAUCGUGACAAACGAUCUGUAGAGCUCAAUCUCGAUGGCAUGUAUCGUCACUACCGCGAUGUCCAGGGCAAGAAUGCGGUUUUAGUGGACAAGCUUGAGGCGAUCGAGAACACGAUGUCGUUCAGCGGGAAGGCGAAGGAUACGGCAUGGGAGGGGUUCAGGUCUAGGCCACUGGAGGAACUGCAGGAGUAUAAGUUUUAG